CAGUCUGAGUUUGAAACUGGGAUUCUGAGAUUCCCCUGGAAGUGGAUAAAUCUCACACAGGUAUGUCUCUUUUUGGUUCAAUUUCCAGAAAAGAAUUUCUAGCGUGGAGGAAGUUUAUCUUCAAUUUAAUAAGCUUGCUGAUUUGAUUCACCUUUUCUGGAAUAUUUCUUUAUAAGAAAAAUAGGGCAAGUUUUGGGUCCUAAAAUCGAAGGAUAGAUUCUUUGAUUCCUCCAGCCCUACAAAGAACAAAAAGAAUCUGCCAAUCACACUACAGCCUCCUCAAAAGAGAAAAAUAAAUAAAUAAAUAAAGCAAAAGAUAGAAAAUUUAAAAAGAACGAUAGACCCAUUUCAGCAAAAAGAAAUAUCCAUUACAGAAUUACCCAUCAGACAUUUUUAUUUUUCCUCAAAGUUUCUCAGAAUUAUUCAUCAUGGUGGGGCUGCCUAACUCAUCAGGGAAUCAAGCACAGAGAGAGAUAGAGAUGUGGAAAAACAGCAAGAUAAAAACAAACCAUACACUUUUCCUCUUUUCUCUCCUUUUGAGAGACGCAAAUUGAACUGUGUUGCUUUCUCUGUUUUUGCUGCAUCAUAGAUUCUUUCCCACCCCCCACCCCCCCUUUCAAGUCAAAGAAGAAAGAAGGAAAUUUUAAUAAAGAAAAGUUAGUAUGAAAUGGAAGAGCCACAGCUCAUGGGCAUAUAUUCCUCCUCCAACAUAACCCCACUCAUGUUUCCAGAUAUGGAGUGAGAACAUAGGACAGCCCAACAACUCCAAAAUUAUAAAGAGAAGGACACACCUCCCACUAUAUUGAAUUGAAACCCAUAGCUAAAAUAGGAUCCAACCCCAUAUUUAUGUUUCACUCUUCUACUUCCCCUUUCAUCCACACAACCAAAUUUCAAUGGGUCUUCACAAUUUGCAAAAUCAGAACAUGAACUUGGUUUUGUCCACUGAUGCAAAACCUAGGCUUAAAUGGACUCCAGAACUUCAUCAAAGGUUUGUUGAAUCUGUCAGGCAACUUGGAGGAGCAGACAAGGCAACACCAAAGAAUCUGAUGCGGUCUAUGGGAAUUCCUGGACUUACUUUGUACCACCUCAAGAGCCAUUUACAGAAGUAUAGGCUGGGUAAGAGCCAACCAUCGCAGUCACAGUCACAGUCACAGUCACAGUCUCAGUCUCAGUCUCAGUCUCAGUCUCAGGCCAGCAUUGAGAAUAAGAAAGAAGUUCUCUCUGAUGCAGAUUACAAAGAGAUCCAAAGUAGUAAUUGUGAUCCAAGAGCAGGAAUUGCCGAUGGAAAUCAAAAUCCAAUUAAUGAAAGCUUUCAGAUUGCUCAGGCUCUUCAAAUGCAAAUGGAAGUACAGAGGAAACUUCAUGAACAGAUUGAGGUACAAAGGCAUUUACAACUGAGAAUAGAAGCUCAAGGGAAGUACUUACAAUCAGUAUUGAAAAAGGCACAAGAAGCACUUUCUGGGUAUAAUUCCUCUUUGGGAAUAGAACUUGCAAAAGCUGAACUAUCUCGAUUAGUCUCAAUGGUUAACACCGGAUGUCAAAGCUCUUCAAUCUCAGAAUUGACAGAAAUAGGCGGUUCGAACUUAAAAGACACAGAAAGGAAACUAAUGAGAGGCACAGUUUGUUCAGUAGAAAGCUCCUUGACAUCAUCCGAGAGCUCUGGGAGAAAGGAAGACAUGAAACAAAAAAAUCAGUUGGGUAACACCAAUAAUUCCAAUCCAGUUAUCAUUGAGCUACCUCUAAUGGAUAUCCACCCCCAAGAAAACCCAUGGGAUAAUCACAAAAGUGAACAAGUGAAGAAGAGAAGUUGCAGCACAAUUUCCGAUGGCAUCUGCGUAGAGCAGCCGCUGGUGAAAAGAUCAAAAAGUGGAGAUAAAUUGAGAAUAUUUGAUCUCAACAGCCAUUAUCAAAAUGACUUUGAAUCAGGUUCAAAAACACUAGACCUGAAUUGCAAGGGAAUCGAACAAGUGAAUGGACAAGUUUAGAGUUGUGGGAACAUUGUACUUGAAGUGUUUUAGCAAUAUAGUCUAUCCAGUAGCAACGUUAAUAGUUAGAGUUAAAUCUUUGUUUAUAAACUAUGUAUAUUGGUGGCAUCUGCAUGGAGCCCCUGGAACUUUUCACGCCAUAUCCAUUAUCAAAAGAUGGUAUAAUAUAUAUUGUGUGG